AUGUCUAAACAUCAGGGACCAUACGAUGAGAGCAUCAUCGAAAUGAGCCUUACACCAGGUAUAGCUUAUGAUUUCAGCAGUCCUGAGGCUCUAUUGCAACGUCGAAUACCAACACCCGAACCUGGACAACCUCAAGCAAGCAACAAAAUCUGGAAAAGGCCAACACUAAUUGAGGGAGUUCUUUCAGAUUUGAACCCAUGGUGGAAUAAGAUACUCGUAACUUCAUGCGUGAUUGCAGUCUUAUUUGAUCCCUUGUUCUUUUACAUUCCAUACACCAGCGAGGAAAAAAAGUGUAUGGGAAGCGACAACGGAGUGCAGACAGCAGCUCUGGUUUUCCGAUCAGUCACGGACAUCGCUUUCCUAGUGAAUAUCAUAUACCAACUUCAUGUGGCUAUCAAAUUUGCAGCCUCAAAGGUUUCGGAGGAUAAGACUUCGGUUUUGAAAUAUGAAUCUGUAUCCCGAGAUCAAAUGAUUCAGUUUGCAAAGGCAUUUUCUCACAAGUUGUCAUGGCGAUCUUUCCUAACUGACGUUAUCGCUAUUUUUCCCAUGCCACAACUGCUGAUAGUAGGAUUGUUUUUCGACAUUGGAGGCCAUAACUACCUGUUAAGAAGAAAGAUUGUGAGUGGUUUUCUUCUAGUCCACUAUGUGCCAAGAAUUUAUCGAAUCUAUCUUUCCUCUGUCGCGAUUGCACAAUCUGCAUUAUGGGUUAAAGGUGUAUUCAAUUUGUUUCUCUACAUCCUUGCGAGUCAUGUAUUGGGAGCCUUUUGUACUGCUUCUGCACUUAUAACCCCAGAAUUCAAUAAAACUCUAGACGAGAAAUGCAUUCUAAAAGUUCCAUAUAAUAUGACUGAUCCCCCAUUUGAUUUUGGAAUAUUUUUUGAUGCCCUCAAGAAUGAUAUCCAAGGGAAAAUAAAUGUUCCACAAAAGAUUGGUUACUGUUUCUGGUGGGGCUUGCGAAACUUGAGGUUGAUUUAUAUGGAGAAGGCAACUACUAGAGCUGAGGAGGUAAGAGAGAAGAUUCAGAAAAAAAGGAACGACAUAGAAAAGUGGAUGGUAAGAAAUGAGCUCGAGGAAGACAUGAAGGACGAGAUCAUGAAAAACAUCAAGCAAAAACUGGAAGAAGACAUAACAGUAGAUCUGGAGGAUAUAGUCUCUAUUCUUCCCUGGUAUACCAAGAAAGCUCUCAAGCGAGUUCUUUGCAUGAGUACGCUAAGAAGAGUACCAAUGCUUAGCAAGGUGGAUGAAAAAGUUUUGAAGAUGAUGUGCGACUAUCUGAAGCCGGUGAUUUACCAGGAGAAUGACAUUGUUUUUCAGAUGGAAGAGCCACUUGAUCGAAUGGUGUUCAUUACAGAAGGGUUUAUGUGGACUUACACGACUGCUAUUGAGAGUAGUCAUUUUGUUAAAACAACAGGAAUCGCUACUUCUCCAUCCAUGGAUACUCACUUCCUCAAGAAGGGUGAUUCUUAUGGACACGUUCUUCUGCAAUUUGCAUCAUCGUCUCUUACGGCGCUUCCUACCUCAACCGCAAAUGUCAAAUGCCACACGAAGGUAGAGGCGUUUGUACUCAUGGCCAAGGACUUGAAGAACAUGGUAACCAAAUGCGAAAAAUAUUGGCCUUUCGACUACAAUCCUUCUAAAGAUGAGGCGGCGGAUCAGGUGGCGCCGCUGGGGCAGUUUCAGCAACAACAAUUGUCAAAGAAGCGUGUAGCAGCAUCAAAUAUCAAUCCCACCGGCUACAGUGGGUGA